AUGUCCACAAGCGAGAAAUCUCCACGCGCAUCAAGGACACUUAAGUCGACAGGUAAAAUGAAUUACGUUCGUACUUCUCCAGCUGCCACAACUAAAGCCAAUAAUUCUAAAAAGAAACAAAAGACCGGAUUGAAAAUGUCACAUACCCAAAUCAAGAAUGACAAGAGAUACAAGAAAUAUGAAGGUAUGGACAUCCCUCAACUUAGAGUUGCCAAAGCCGAAGAAAUUGAAAAAUUGAAUUUCGAUGAAUCCGAAUUCAUAGAAGCAAUAAUUCAAAUGCUGCAAUACAGUGCACCAGUAGAUGCUACCACAAUUGGAGCCAAAUGGCUUACAGAGACAUUAGAAGAUCUAAUUAACGACUAUAAGUCCAAUCUCGAUAAGAUUAACAACGAAUUCAAGGAUAAGGAGCUUGCAAUUCGCGAAAACGAGAAUACAGUAUUUUCCAAAGUCCAUGAUCGCCACAUUUUGGAAAUUGAAGAAGUCGAAACCGCAAGAGAAGUUGAACAACUUAAUAAUGAAACCCUCGUUUGCGGACAAGCGAUCGAUUUGCAGAAGCAAGCCAAGACAUUGGCCAAAUCCAACGAUUUCAACGGCGCAAGGCAGCAGGCUCGCAAAGCAGAAGAAGUUAAUCAGAAAUACAUCGGCAAAAGGAAAGAAAGCACAGAAAAGAAGUACAACCAGGAGCUUAAGAGACUCCUCAAUCUCCAGGAGAAGCAGCUUAUGAUUCUCUUGAACCGUUUGAACCAAUCAAUCGAUGAUAAUAACAGAAGCAAAGACAAUUCAAUUCGCGAGCUCCAAAAGCAAUAUCAAGUUUUCUACAAGUCACAGCUACAACGUCUCAUCGUAGAUGGCCAGAAACAACUUCCUUCUACAGAACAGAAAUCCAAUUUUGUUGUUGAUAUUAAUGUUCAGUACAGAAGAAUUAUUCUUGAUGCAGAAAAGAAAUACAACAUCCCUCUUAGUUUUCUCCUUUAA